AUGGAAACAUCCACUGCGUUGCUGGAUAGACUUUGGGUUAAGUGUCAAGUUUCACAUACUUGUUUGCAAAAGCUGAACACAGAGUGGUCGAAGGCGCAAGAGUGGAAAGAAGAAACGAAUGACCGAUGCGAUCAUGUGGUGUACUGGACUUGUCGAAUUCCAUGUGCGUGCGCCCUCAAAAAGGCUGCAGAUGCCGGCACAUCGCUAAAUCUUAAGCAUAUUCACCCAUUAUGGGCGACCCUUAAUAUCGGUGAACAGGCUGGUACGAGUGCUCCUAGCGAUGUGGAUGACGAGGUCCUUUAUACCAGACAGUUGAUGGAAGAGCUGAACGAGUGUCCUAAGGCAGUACGACGUACUGUAAAUAGGGUUCUCCACGAUAUUAUGCAUCCAGACCAGUGUGGGUUCAAACAGCCCGAGGAGGUCAAGAGAAGGAAGGGGCGGCCUAAGGGGGCUAAAUCAAAGACAAAAGCAGAGGCCAACACUCUUGCCCAUGAACAAUCCCCACAAAAAAAAGCAACUCCUAAUGUGUGGGAUUACAGGAACGAGGCGCAAGGAAAGUCGACCACAGUUACUAGCGAUUCAAGUAAGAAGCGCCCCUCGUCUUCAGGUGGUCGUACAGAUGCAUCCACAGGACGUCCUGCCAGGAAGAAGUCCGUCGUAUACGGUGGAGUGGACAGGGUUUCGCACCUGAGCGCCAUUGGAUGUGUGUGA